GCUCAAACGAUCGACAAGACUCAUCUCGACCUUUGGCUUCGCUUCCCAUUGUCUUGGAACUCCAUCGAUAUCGCGGCUAAAGCAAGGGGGAUAUGUUGGGCAUCACCAACAGACGAGCAUCCGCUUGGCUAAUUCGGGACGGAUGAACCACCGGACCUCUGGUUUGAUUGCUCCGUAGCCUUAUGGAGAAUCUUGCCAGAGAAACAAUCCCAGACCCGCCCUAUCGCGGCAUCCGAGAAACGACUUUCCGGCAUCAGCUCUGCACUGACUGGGCCAUGCGGAUCCUCUGGAAGUUUCGGGCACCUUGCGAACAGACACAGGAUCAAGGCUAGGCCGGCCAAGAUGCUACCUGUCAUCCAGAGACACUGCAGCGCUUUCGCCACGGCGUUCAUCAUGUGCUCGUGCUGGCCAAGGCCUCCAUGUUCGACAGAGGCUUUGAUCAUCUUCAAGGUAUUGCUGAUCUGACCUGUGUUGAGGCCUAGCUUUCCGAGCUCUUUUUCCAGUUGAACGGAGAAGACCGCGAUACCAAUUGCUAUUCCCAUGCAUUGGCCCAUCGUUCGAAGCAGAUAGAUCAUGCUGAUUGCAUGUCCAGCAUCCUCCUCUCGGACUGUGGCUUGCACACCAAUGUUCAUGACUGGAAUAAGCAGGCCCAUUGCGAUACCCAGGAACAGGGUCAUGACCAAGAUCACCCACGUCGGGGUGUCCUUGUCAAGAAUUGUCAUAACUCCAAACAUGGUGACCAUAAGAGUCCAACCACCAAGCAAGAAGCCCAUGUAUCGUCCUGUCUUGUAUGCCACAAUCCCUACGACCGCCGCCAUAGGGGCAACAAUAACAGUAGCCGGAAGUGCCCAUACACCAGCCAUAAGCGGUGUCUGGCCUUUGAUGCCAAGAAAGUACACCGCAAGAUAAUAUAGAACCAUCCACAUGAGACUGCCGUGGAUAGUCGCACUGGCAAACUGGAGGACUGUCGAUCGAUGACGGAACAAACUCUUUCGAAACAUGGGCUUUUUGGUCGUCUUCUCGUAAAGUCCCAGCCCUAGGAACGCGAGGAACGAAACGAUUAGAGGAACGAUUACUGCCGAAGAAUUCCCACCCAGUCGAGGUUCUUGAUGAGACGCAGGUUUCGCUUCCCUUUGUCAUAUCCUAGGAGAAACAUGGCUCCUAUCAGGCUACCUCCGAGCAAUGGAAGGGUGCACCAAAAGAUCCAUCUCUGCGACGAUUAGCAUCGGAGCAUGUGGUAUGGCAAUAAGGGAUACAAACCCAUUGCGAAUCUUUAUUCUGAACAACAGCUCCUCCAAUUAUGGGUCCAGCAAUAGUUCCUAAAGCCCAAGAGACAUGUUGAUACGACAUCCACCGCGAACGUUCACGGAUCGUGAACAUAUCGGCGUGGAUUAUACCCGACAAUGCCUGAGGCCCUCCUGACCCUACUCCUUGCACAGCUCGACCUGUAAGAAGCAUUAUGCUGCUUUCCGCAGAGCCGCAGAGCACCGUUCCGGCGAUAAAUACGAUGAGGGAUGCCACAUAUGCUGGCCUUCUGCCGACGACAUGUGCCAUUUCGGCAAAGAUGGGCUGGGCUAUGGCUGUUGCUAACAAGAACACGGAGCCCAUGCUCAGGCUUUCGGAAAAGGAUGCAUCCAGCUCUCUUGCAAGUGACUGGAUCUGUGUUGGUGGUGGCUUCACAACAAGGAGGGAGGGGUAAACCUACAGGAAGGACAACGCAGAUGCAGGUUGCAUCGAAUGACUGAACAAGAGAAACCGUAUUCAUCACAAUCAGGAUACUCAACUUUCGAGUGUGACUGAGCUCUAUUUUAUCUCCAUGUUGUUCUUGGACUUCGUCUUGGGUGGGAAGAGGUGCAGCGACCUCCUCGAUCUUUUCAGUCAUCGUGUUUGCCAUGAUUGAACAGUUGCAAGGAUGAAGGAAAUUCAAUUACGACAUCUCGCGCAAUACAUCUGGAGUUUAUAAACAGUUCAACCAGCCAAUACCUACAUGUCAAUAGCACGUAGAGUUUCGGGGCUUUUGUUUACCAAAGGUUAAAUCGGUAAACAAGGACAGGUGUUAUCACGGGGACGUUUGGGGUUCUUCAUCUUUACACACUCGACUUUAGAACUGCUCCUCAAAAGCCUUUUACUAUUCAUCAGAAGUAAUAGCCAUGGAACACCUUAACGGCCCAACGAUUCUUUCUGGAUUCCUAAUGUCCAGUGCUGUUUACUGGCAUGUUUACUACCUGGCUGAAUACCUCGUCCGCAAGUAUGCUCCAGCAGUCCACGAACGACUCAAGAACGAGGACGAAUUACGGAAGCUUAUGCCCCUCGUUAUCACGCUUGUUCGAAUGGCCUUUGGUCUCACUGUGGUUCUGCCAUCCUGUGUCCAAGCUGCGAGAACUACGCCAUGGGGAGUUGAUCAGCCCCUGAACAAUGCAGGGAAAGUCUGCGUCGUAUCACAGCUUGCAUUAUGGUCCAACGAGCUGCCUCAGACACGGUUCUUCUCUAUGGAACUCUUCGUACAUCAUAUUCUAUGUCUCCUUGCAACAGCCAACGUCAUUCUUUCUCCACCGAUACACCAGAUCAAACCCCUCUACAUCUACUUUGCGUCACAGCUUGGUGAUCUGGGGCCAGGAUCUGUCAUGAUACUACGAAUGGCUGGCUAUAAACUCAAAACUUCAAAGUUGUUGUACACCGUUUCCUUGGGAUCGACGCUGCUGUUGAUCUUGGGUCGUAUCGGGAGCGCUGUCUACACCCUCACCCACGCCCUCACUGACCCCUAUAACCUUGCCGACUGGGUAAGCGCCGUCGGAAUCUUAGUUUUUGGGUCCUACUCUACAUAUACUGCCUUUCAACACUUGAGACGCCUCGAGAUCAUCAGAGUUGAUCCCGUGAGGUACAAGGUCACCUACCUCUGCCAGUUCGCAGUGCCUAUAUCGCACUCGUUACUGGCAGUCGCCUGUAGCGCUACGCUUCUGUCAAGCUUGGUUCUGUAUGGAAUCUACCUUGGACGGCCCUUGAAUCCUGGCGAAACACAUCGACUGUCACUUCACGGCCUUAUUGCCGUUGCACUCGGCAUAACGGGAGCUUUGGUCGCAAGGCUCGCUUACCCGCAUAAUGCCUCCCGAUCUAAUCCAUGGGGGCGUUUGUACGUUCCGUUUGGCACGAUCUUGACAGUUGCAUGUAUAUCGCUCAUCAGCACUUUCACGAGUUAUAUGGACCACAACACAGUUAUGGCAUCGAUAGGGGUCAGCUUACCUCUGUUUUUCAGCCUUGCCAGGGUAGCUCAAUACUACGCAGCUAAGGAUGUAGAAGUAGCGCGUGAUGCGAAGCUAUUUCCAGGUGACAGCUUUGUAAGGAGACACGUUGAGAUUGCGCUUGAACAUGCUGUCAUAUUCGUCAUCCUUCUGGGGAUCUUGAUUGUCAACCUCCUGAGUCUCCCAGAGGCAGCCCGUCUUUCAAUUGCAGCAUGCCUUGUCGUGCAACUUCGAUAUCAUUGGGGCAUCACACCUCUAGCCGCUGCAGAUAUCCACGGGCUGGCAGGCACUUUUCUGGCUAUCGUACUCAUCGUGUUCGAGCCUGGCUUUAUUGCUUUUGCCACAACUGGAAGAUUCAUCCGCCUUGAAAGUGCCUGGUCCGCCAUUUUUCAGAACUAUCUGGUUCUAGGAGGAACUGUUAUGGCUGCUAUAUUUGUGCCUCGAUCCGGGACUGCGUCAAGGCCAUGUGAGACUAUGAAGAAGCCUUGCAGGUCAAAGAGGAUCCAUCCUAUCACUAUCGCCUUCGUCUUCUUCGGCAUUUUGCAGGCAAUAAUGAUUGCCAAGUACAUGACUUUCGAUAGGAAGACACCAGAGAUUUGUCCCGGUUUUGUGAACUUUAGAUCCAUCUUUUCAGACUUCUACACUUGGGUGGGCGCACUUCACAUGGCUUUAUUGCCUGUGGUUAUUUUACGGGGGUUGGAGUAA